AUUUUUUUUUUAUAAAACAACAACUUGUUUUACAACAAAAGCAGAAGUUUUUCUUCAUCUUCUUCAAUUACUUUAACUUCGUUCAACGUUUUGCUUUUUUUUUGUUUGUUAACAAGGAAUCCUACGAAGUCAUUUAACAACAAACAUAAAUAUUAAGAAAAAAUAAUAAACCGGAAAUACCCUUGAAUUGGCUUUUCUCUCUUACUCUCACAUUCUCUUCAAAGAAGUCAAUGAAUGUAAUAAUGAUGUAUUGACUGUGUCGCGAUCCCAGCAACAACAUUUAACAGCAGUAGCAGCAACAAAAACAACAACAAUAAGUAGUCAAUAUCAAUCAAGUACUAGUAAUUCAGGUGUUUCCAGUGAAAUUGUUUUUUUCAUUUAAAUUUAAAUUAAACUUUCUUUAAAUAAUCUGUAUGGUUUAAUAAUUAUGUCAUGGGAUCGUGUACGCGACGACACUUUUUACUAUCAACAUGCUUUCUUCAAAUGAUAACUAUAAUCGAACGCCAAGUAUUCGAUUUUCUUGGAUACAUGUGGGCGCCAAUAUUUGUUAAUUUUUUUCACAUUCUAUUUAUAAUAUUUGGAUUUUAUGGAGCAUAUCAUUUUAGAAUAAAAUAUAUAAUAACGUAUUUAAUAUGGAAUUUUCUAUGGAUUGGUUGGAAUUCAUUUUUAAUAUGUUUCUAUUUAAAUGUGGGGACACUGGACAGAGACAGCGAUUUACUAAAUCUGGGUACUGGCAGUGUCUCCUGGUUUGAAGUGAAUGGUUACGGCUGUAAGCCCAUCUAUAAUACAAAUAUAACCUCAGAGGAUCCCUAUCGUCCUAUACGUCCCGAAACUGUAGAUGAUUGUCUACUAACCUACGACAUAGUGGAAGUUGUACACUCUGGCGUACAAUGUCUUUUAGCGUUCUUUGGUAUUUUGGGAGCCAUUUUAAUAAGUUACAUAUUCCUAGAUGAAGAUGACAGAUUCGAUUUCAUGAAUGGUGAUGCCAAGAGUCCACAACACACGGUGGUCCAUCCAAUGUACGUGAGCUAUACAAGCAUACCGACAUCAGCCAGUGCCACUAUGCUCUCAAAUAAGCAUCAGAAUCAAAAUCAAAAUCAUACUCACCAUACUCUCAGUAAUAGUAACAAUCAUCUCAGUAACAGUAACCAUGCAAUUUGUACAAAUACUACUACUUCUACUACUACUCCAACUGCAACGAAAAAAAAAUUCUCAUCCUCUCAGCAAACAUCUCUUCAUAAACAAAUUCUAACAUCAGCAACAACUGCAACAACUAACAACAACAGCAACCACCAACAACACAGCAACAGCAUUAGCCAUAACAAUAGCAAUAGAUAUAGCAACAACAGCAACAACAGCAAUGCAAACAACAGCAACAGCAACACUUUCUUAAUACACACACAUCAUAAUCAUCAUCAUAAUCAGCAACAGCAACAACAACAUUCUAAUUCCCAGAGUCGCAAUAGGGGCGCUGUUAUAGGAGAGGGCAGUUUUAAUGGUAGUUUGGUUAGUAACAGUAGUCAGUUUGAACCCUUUAAUACCGGUAGUAGUCAUCAUCAUAGACGGCGACAUCGCAACAUGUCCCCCACUAGCCGUAGUUUUACACCUAAUCCUAGUAAUGCCAGUAACUCUCUAACCCACAUGCUCUAUAGUCCUAAGCAGUGUCGCAAAGUUCAGCCCACUUCCACCAACAGUAUCUUUCCGGCCAAUAUCGAUUUGGCCCAGAAACAGCCCAUCAUGCCGGCCUACUAUGAUGAUAGCACAGCUAAGGCCGAUCAUCAGUUGUAUGUUAAUGGUUCUAGGAGACAAAUGCUAUUGACCCAGUCUCCCACCCAAGACACCACACCGUCUCUCUCCUAUGCCUCUUUGCAAAAUUCCACACAAAACUUGAAUUCGAGUUUGAAACAAAAUGCCACCACCAGUUUGGGUUCGGGUGGCAAUGCCCUGAACAGUUCGCUAAGUAACAGUAACUAUAGUUUAACCAAUAGUUUAAAUAAUAACCAGUCUCAACAUCUCUCCUCACAGGCCGCCAUUCAUAGCGGUGCUGGUGAAGGACAUUUUGCACGCAUACAUUCCAAACCUAAACCGGCCAAAUCGUCCAGCUAUAGUAGUUUUAAACAUGCCUCUAGUGCAGCAAAUGCAGUUGCUGCCGCCUCGGCCUGUUCGGCUGCCCAACGUCCAGAUAUAAAAUAUUCAGAAAUUUUUAACGAAACCACGUCCAAUCAAUUUGAUGAAUCCUUUGAGGAGGAUAAUUUUUCCAUACAAAACCUUAAGGCCGACGAGGGUGUAACCUAUGUACCCUUUACCAAACCCACACCGGGUAAUUACUUUCUAACACCUUCUGCCCAGCUGCUGGAGAACAAUAAUUCGCCUCAUUCUUUGAAUUCUAGGCAUUCGCAAAAUUCUCUGAACAAUAACAGUAACCAUCAGCAGCUGCGCACAAGUCCGAAUAAUAAUUCGUCACAAAUAACGCCUCACAAUUAUCAUGACAACUCUGGUAUUCUACUGGAACAUGGUGCUAUUUUACAGCCUUUAACUCCCCAUGAUCUUAAUCCAGCUCAAAGAGCUUUGUAUCAGCAAAACGGUUUGCCUUUCCAUCCGGCCUAUUCACCCACACCUUAUAGGCAAAAUUCAGCUUGUCCAGCCCAAAAGCAGACACCCAGACCUACUAACAUACCGCUGCCCAAAGUGCCGGCUUCGUAUAAUGCGGAAUUUUUGUCACCCUCGGAGGUAACACCACCGCCUCCGCCCCAGCCUAGACCUCAUAUAUUUCAGCCACGUACUGGCACCGCUCCCUAUCCGGAUCUCUCGCCCGAGGUAACCGAACGUUAUGCCAUGCCCACUCAGUAUAUACCGAGAUCUCCGGUAGCUUCGCGUAUAGCUAGACGUCAACGUCAGCAAAAUUCGCACAACGAACGAUCUCAUGCCCCACUCAAUAGUUCGGCGAAUUUUUGUGAUCAAAUACGUGACACACCACCCGGCUAUGCAGCCGACAAUGGUUCCAUACACACCUACACCAUUUCGAAGGCCAGAUCUCAUGAUCGUUUAUCGUCGUCCCGAAAUACAAAUGGUUCGCUAAGAGAUAAGGAGCGGGCUGUCGUCAAUGAACGCUCUAAUACUAAAGAGAGUCAGCAUGAUCAGGAACAAGAGCUGGCCCCACAUGUCAAUCGUCGUAGUGGCCGCAGAGAUGGUGUUAAAAUCAGACCACGCUCCUAUUGUAAUUCCAUGUCGGGAGGUGAGGGUGUCAUUCGUAAUAAUAUUUCCAAUGAUCGCAAAUUGGGCUAUGCAGCCUAAACAAAUUUUUGUCCCCUGUUAGCAUUAAAACGUAGAUAGAAUAAUUUUUUGAUAAUACAGACCUACAAAGAGCAAACUUUUUCAAUAUUUGUAUUUUAGUAGGAAAAGUAGUAUAACACAUUGAGUGCCAUGUCGUACGAGACCUAAUACUUCCUGGCGUGCCACAGGGAUUUCACACUUCACCCUUGUUGUGGGUAAUUUUCACACGAAACUACUUGAAUUUCUUUAAAUAUAAGAGAUUAAAAAAAGAAACUGAAUAGAUCUUGGCUGCUUCAGAAAGUUUUAUAAAUCUCUUUUAAACUCAUUCCUAAUAAAAAAAUGUUUUGCAGCCAGGGAAGUAUUUUAUUUAAACUGCUGGGCCCUCAAUGUGCUAAAGCCAGCUUAGAGUAGCAUGAUUAUAUGGCGAUGAAUUUAUGCCAAGGGUUUCACCUUAAAAUGUUCCUUAGAUUUGUACACAUGAUGGAGAUAUUCAGAUUGUAUGUCAACUAGCUUUUGCAACUCAUAAUUUGUUUAAUUAAUUAGAAAGUGUUUGAAAUAAGAAACAGUUCUGAACGAUUUUUAAUAAAAAAUAGUUUAAAAAAAUUAACUUAAUUUAGACUGACAGCUUUAGGUUUCAAUUGAAAAUAUUAAGCUAUUUGAAUACUCCGUUACAAGUUUUUAAUAUAUGUAAACUGAGUGGCGAAUUAACGAGCCACUGAAAGCGAACAAGUAGUGAGUCAUUUUGUAGAGCAAUUACUAAUUUUAGGUAGAUGAUUUGUUUCAGAAAACUAGUUUUUGAAUUCAAAAUUUUACCACUGAAUUUUCUGAAAGUAAUACUGCGUAUUUCAAGAAUACUUUUGGAACUUUUAACCAGAGAUAAGUUUAGUGAAGUUGUAUCUUGAAGCUACUUACUUGGGUCCAUCAAAAACUGAUCAAUUUGUGAUACCCAAGAGGUUAGCAGAAAGUAUUUUAUUCCACAUUUGUCAGAUAUUCUCAUUAAUGUGUAGAUGUAUCUGAAAUUCAUAAUCGAUAGCUGUUCCCAGAAUAAGAAGCAUGGGGCUUUAAAAUACGAUCUCUUUUAGAGGCAAAGGUCAAACAUUCAUUCUCCUAAUGACGAUUUCUGUAGUAACCUCAGUCUCAUGGCAUGCUAUUCUAUUUAGUUUCCUUGCGAUGGAAUUCAAUAAUAUGUUUCACUUCAUCAGUAUCACAUAGGUGACAAGGCGAUCUCGCAAUAGCAUAGUUGAUUUGAUUAAACCACCUAAUCUGAGCAAGCCCAAAUAGUUUCUUUUGGACCAACGGAAGAGGAAUGCCAAGGAAGAGGUUAUAACAGUUACCAUGACUAGGGACCCUAGCGUUAUCCUAGAAUGUUUAGAUAUCUCAUUUAGAGACUCCCGAAUUCUUUGGUUAACCUAGAUAUUGAGAAGACACUCGAAAUUUCAUUAUCGACCGCCUAAGCUAAUUAGCUUUUGGUAGCAUAGAAUUGCUCUUUCCGAUUUUAUUCCAUGUUCUUCUAUAAAGUAGCCAGCCAUAUUUCCUCAUUUUAAUACAUACAAAAAAUCUAAUCUGCAGGAUGUAGAUUCUUACUCGGAAUCUGAGGAAACUUAAACUUCAAACCGUUGUUUAAUUAGCUUUUGAUAGCAGACAUUUGCUCUUUCCGAUUUUACUCCAUAUUCUUCUAUAAAAUAGUCAGCCAUAUUUCCUGUUUUUUUAAGUCAUACAGAAAAUCUACUCUGCAGGGGUAGAGUCUCAUUCGGAACCUGAGAAAACUUAAACUUCAACCAGUUGUUUUGUUAGCUUUCAUGUCUCAUACUUUUGAAAAAUAUCAAAGCGUAAUAUUUCACGCGGACACAAAAAAUUCGUACGUGACAUUUCAUUGGAUUCUCAGUUACAGUUCAUAACAGUUACAGUUCAUAACAACAAGAUACGAUAUCCUGAAAGUGAAGUUAAUUUUAGAGCAUUCCGCCAAGAUACCUUCAAAAUAACACAUUCUCUAUGUGAUCACUGCUUUAGAUCAUCAGCUAUCGAUUUUGUUGAUAAUCAAAUCAAUCAGUCUUAGUGACCGAAUUCUUACUGUUUUGGCUGACAAAUUUAAGUUGAAGUGACAAAUAUUCGGAUAUUUCAAUUAUAGUUCGUUUUUCUUAACUGACUUUCUUUAGCAAGAACCGAAAAAAUAUGUCAAAAUAUAAUCGAAUCAUUCGAUUGGCUACAAAAUUUGGUCAUCAAGGCUAUUAUGCUGAAAAUGACGCAAAAUAAUUUUGUAUUUUCGUUGUCAAAUACAAGGCGAAUUUAUACAAGGUGGCUUAAGGCGAAUUCGUUAUAAGGUGAGAGUCAUGUUACAACACAAAGCGAAUUUAUAUACAAGGUGGUGUCGGUGGCGAAUUCAGGCGAAUACGAGCGAAUUCAUUAAUUU